AUGGAUACAUCUACGGUAUUAGAGAAGUAUACACAAGAUUUGUCUAAUCUUCCUUUGGAAGUUAAACAUUUAUUACAAGAAAUCAAAUUAAAGGAUAUUCAAGUUAAUGAAACUAAAAAGAGAUAUCAAACUAAAGAUAAUCAACUUCAUAAAUUCAUAAGAGCAAAUGGUACAUUGACUAAACAUCCAAAAGAACAACAAUUAUAUAAUAAGAUUCAAGAAGAUAUGGAUCAGAUUAUAAAACUACAAAAGGAAAAGAUCUUACUCGCAAAUACUGCCUUAUUUCUAAUUUCAAAACAUUUAUUCAAUUUUGAAACUGAUAUCGUAAAACUAGAACGUGAUGAACUAUUGCCUCCAUUAGAACAUGGUCUUGAUUUAGAAAUCAUAAGUAGAGAAGAAUUAUCCAGUAAUUUAUCCGAUAGUUUCACUGCCACUCCAACUCCAGGUAGAAACGGCGCAUCAAUAACCCCGGGACCAGAAGUUGUUGUCAAAGGAGGCAGAGGACAAAAGAGGAAACAAGCACUAACAAACAGAGGUGGCGCUAUGUCAGCUACUGGACUGGCUGGAUCGGCUACAUCAGCAUCUUCAAGACCACUUAAGAGAUUACGAUCAGAAGAAAUGGAGGAUUCAUUGGCAUUUGGAGGUGGAACUGGAUCCUUGGCCAUCAAUGGUAGUGUAUCGCUCGGACCGAUGGGUACAAGCUCAAUGGAUGGUGGUCCAGGGGUUGGAAAUGGUGGAGGUGGUGAAGAUGCUGAUAAUAAUUUAUAUUGUUUCUGUCAGAGAGUAUCAUUUGGAGAAAUGAUUGGAUGUGAUAAUGAUGAUUGUAAAUAUGAAUGGUUUCAUUGGAGUUGUGUGGGGAUAACCUCUCCUCCUAAAGAUGAUGAAAUUUGGUAUUGUCCUGAUUGUGCUCCAAAAAUGGAAAAGAGAAAGAAGAAGAGAAAGAAUAAUUAA